GUCGGUCCCGUGGGUGCCUGCGGGUCCUGGCCCCGGGCCCCGGGUCUCGCCGCUAUGACGCUCGCCGUCUUCUUCGGGUGCACCUUCAUCGCCUUCGGGCCGGCGCUCGGCCUCUUCCUCUUCACGAUCGCCCGCGACCCGCUACGCAUCAUCAUCCUCAUCGCCGGGGCUUUCUUCUGGCUGGUGUCACUGCUGCUCUCCUCCCUCAUCUGGUUUAUUGCGGUUAAAGCCAGCAACCCCCAGGAUGAGCCAUUGCAGAAGGGGCUCUUGAUAUUUGGGGUGAUGUUCUCUGUGUUGCUGCAGGAGGCCUUCCGCUUCCUCUACUACAAGCUCCUCAGGAAGGCCAUCGAGGGGCUGGUGGCCCUCAGCGAGGACGGCUGCUCCCCCAUUUCCAUCCAGCAAAUGGCAUAUGCAGUGGCUGGCGUGGGCUUUGGCCUCAUGAGUGGCGCCUUCUCCAUGAUCAACCUCCUGGCAGACGCAUUAGGGCCCGGCAUUGUGGGCAUCCAUGGGGACUCGCAGCUCUACUUCCUGACCUCAGCUUUUAUGACCAUGGUGCUGAUUUUCCUUCACACCUUCUGGGGGAUCCUGUUCUUCCAUGGAUGUGAGCAUCGGCGCUGGUGGGAGAUCAUGGCGGUUGUCGUCAUGCACCUCGCUGUUUCCGGCUCGACGUUUUGCAACCCCCUGUACGUGGGCAGCCUAGUGCCCUCCUACCUGCUGAUGGCUGCUGCCGCUGCCUGGGCUUACCUGCUCUCAGGGGGAUCUGCCCAGAACCUGUGGCGCUUCCUGCUCUGUCUACGGAGUGGAGCCAGCCCCCAGCCGCGAUCCUGAGACCCUGCAGGAUGUUCCUGUCCCCAGCCACCCCAGCCCUCUCCUCCAUACUGGCAGCAAGCGUGGCUGUCAACUUCUCUGCAAUAUCUUUUCUCCUGGACUGGAGGACCCUGGCCAGUCCUGGUGGGGCAGGCGCUGGGGUCCAGCUGUGGCAGCCAGCCAACCCAUGUGGCUGGGGCUGGCUUGCUCCAACGCCCCUUUGGGAGCCCCUGGAGAACAGCUCAGUUUUGGGGGACCUGGCUUUGCUGACCCUGUCAUGAGCUGAGCUCCAGUUAGCCUGCCUGGGAAGGAUGCUAUCUUGGACUGCCGGAGGCCUGAGCCCAAAGAAACCCAUUGCUUCUCCCCCUGCUGCAGAAGAUAUGUCAUCCCCUGUGCCAGGCGGGGGCUCGCAUUGCCUCCUCACCACAGGGUGGAGGAAGCAGCUUUGCAAAGUGCUGCUGUGCUCAGGGUCGGGGCUGACUGCUGUGGUGCUACUUUCUCCGCCUCGUUGCCCAGCCUUGCUGCCCUGGGAGCUGUGGCCCCAGUGCUGGACUGCAGUCGCUGCAGUGAGCCAGCAUCCUGGUGCAGGGAGGAUGGUGCUGGGGGACCCGAGGGGACUGACAGGACCCAGGACAGGGAAAAGAUGGUACCCAAAGGGCCCAGCGGACAUGGAGGGAGGUGGAGAGCUCUGGAGGAGAUGCAGCCCCGCAGCUGGUGCCGGCACAGCUUGGGAAGGGGGUUCAAGGGGCCAUUCUCUUGGAUCAUUGCCCUCUCCUGCACUUGGAGAGGGAUUUUCAGGGGGGCACCAGCCCUGAUGCUGUGCCACAGGGCUGUGAUGGAGAAACUGCCAUCGGGCUCAGGGCUGAGAAGGCCGUUUUAUCCACCGUGGGCUUUUAUACCAA